CAGGAUCAUUCAGUCAUGGUGACCAAUCUCUAUCUAGGUGUGACAAUUGUGGCUUUUUUUGCAGCAGCUAUUGCUAAUGCAGAUAUCCAAGUAGUCUGUGCAAAAGGCUCGGUAAGAAUCACAUGGAGGAUCAACGCGGAGUUGGUGCCAUAUGCAGUUCGUCUCUUCCUUGGAAACUGCAUGCCAUCUCAGUUGGAUGUUCUUUCAAGUGGAGAGGGGGUGGCACACUUUGACUACCAGUUUUCCGACUGCAAAUUUAAAAGACAGAUGAAAGGAAAGCUUGUCAUCUAUCAAAAUGAACUGACUUACAGGCCAGAAGCAAGACUUAAACCUGCAGCCUUUGUGUAUCCCAUUGAGUGUGUUUAUAAAAGACGUGAGGGGUGGGUUCCACCUUUCCUGAACCCUGGGUCAGGUGUAUUAGAAGGUCAAGGCAGGCUGGUCUUCAACAUGGCACUCCUCAAUGAACAAUUAACAGGCUUAGCAACAACAAAUGUCAUCCCACUGGGCUCGUUCAUGCCAAUAUGGGCUGCAGUGGAGCAGGAGUCCCAUCAACCCUUGCUGCUGCUCAUGGAGGACUGUGUGGCAGCCACUACACCAGUGCUGCAGCCUGACAGUCAGGUUCACCAGAUCAUUGGCAAUAAAGGGUGUCUUUUGGAAAGCAUAAGGGGAAACUCUGUGUUCCUCCCUCGUUACCAUUCGUCUGCAGUCAUCCUUUACCUGCAGUCCUUUACGUUUGGUCACGGAGAGGAGGUGUACAUUCACUGUAAACUUGUAGCAUGGGAUCCUGAGGUUCUUGAUGAAGGCAAGAAAGCCUGUCACUAUAUAAAGAGCAAUGGAAGAUGGGAACUACUCGAUGACCCCCUUCAGAGCUCCAUCUGUAGUUGCUGUGAUUCAACCUGCAAUUCCCGCUCCAAAAGAGAAUCCGUGUCGGAAUCCCACAGCUUUAGUCACAGUUCUGUGUUGGGACCCCUUUUCAUCGUCGAUCCGUCUGAUUUUGAGGCCCAAAACCUACCAAAGGUGUCGGAUGCAGUGGACUCUCAGGAAAGCCAGUCUAAGCUGAUGACUUGACGAUGCACCACAAACAGGCCAGUAGCAGAUGACGUCAAGUCUCCUGACUUACAAGGCAUUGGGGCAUCAGCUUUGUGAUCUCGACUUGAUAGUCUGCAGAUUCAUUUGAAUGGUCAUACAUGAAUCUUAAACCCUCCAUACAAAUAAACCUGAUGUAAACUGCUAAGAUUCUA